AUGAUCUCUCUAAGGGCUUGGUUUAUGGUUUUGGUGUUGUAUUUGAUCGCUAUUUGCACACUGCUAUCGCGCAGUGCUACUAAUAGUGACUUCCUGUUUCUUUCCAGUGUGGAUAAAAGAGAUCUGGAUGGUACGGGUCAUCGUAUGGAUCAUUUGGGUCUUACCGGUGGUAAACUUAUCAGAUUAUUUGAGAAACAUUUAGUACAUGUUGCGUCGAAAGAUCGAGGUGAUGUACCGAUAAAGGUUUCCAGGUACUAUGACGCCUUCAAGGAUUAUUUAUUUGAUGAAUCUAGUAAAUGCAACCCUGUUCGUUCUGUAGUGGCUAGACUUACCAGAGAUGUGGAACCCGUUCCUAUACACUCGCAUAAUGAUUAUUGGAGAUCCUUACCACUUUUUGAAGCCUUGGCUUACGGGGCUACAAGUGUCGAGGCAGAUGUUUGGAUAGUAAAAGAUCCACAGGAUUCGCAGAAAAAUGCUUUAGCGGUUGCUCAUAAUGAGAAUUAUAUCGAUUCGGUGCAUCAAAGUCUCGACAACCUUUAUACCGAUCUACUAUUACAAAUGCUUAAUGAAGUGAAUUGCCAGGAUGAAGACCGUUCUCAUGGGGUGUUUUUUGACUCGCCAGAGACUACGUUGUUCCUUUUCAUUGAUUUUAAAUCCCAGGAUAAUCGUGAGACUUAUUCGCUACUAAUGAAUAGGUAUUUGAAACCGCUUAUCGACCAAAACUAUACGAGUUACUACGAUAUGAACCAACAUAAAAUGGUGUGGAGACAAAUUACUGUGGUCUUAACCGGAGAUUUCCCCAAUGAUCUUGAUGUUGUGGAUGAGGAUCUGGACCAUGGGUAUUUCCACGAUGACAAGAGAUAUGUUACAUUGGAAUCCAGUAUAAUAGACCAAUCAACAAUGAUUCCGAACACUUCCGUCAUGGCAGCUUCCUCCUUUUCUGAAAUGCUAGAAGGAUGUCACUCAUCUCUGGCAAAUGCUGUCUGGCGUGGUCGUUUAGACCAUCAAGAAAUUACCUGCAUGAAAUCGAUGAUCAGCAAAACACAACAAAAUGGGGUCAGAACGAGAAUCUGGGGGGUUCCUAAUUGGCCUCGGCGUACGGUCAAGACAUUUUGGAGGCAGAUUGUCGACGAUUUGCAAUCCGACGUCCUGAAUGUGGAUAAAUUACGUCUCGCUACUCGUCGGUUUUAG